AUGAGACUCAAAUAUUCAGCCAUUUGCCUCAUUGCAAGCUGCGGCUCGCUUUGUAGUGCCACAGAUCGCACCCUCAAGCAUGGUUCUCCUAAAUCAGUAGGGCUUCUCGCCGAGCCUCUUGACCAGCUGCCACUGAACGUGACGCAAUACACCAUUCCGGCCAAUUACGGAGCACCCUCGCACAAUGAAGUUCACCCCAUCCAGCCGGGAGGUUCUGUUGUCAUCGGUCACAAGGCCACCAUUGUGAGCUCUUUCGCUUUCGGGAAUACAAAUCUGUAUUCAGACUCCAAUGGCACAUUGCUUCCACCCACAGAACAGACCAAGACCAAAAUGGACACAAUCUACGAUAUGGCCAGUCUAACCAAAGUGUUCACUGCGGUAGCCGCAUUGCGCGCCAUUGACGAGGGCAAGCUAAGCUUGGACAAGACCGUUGCAUCCUAUCUUCCAGAGUUCGCAACCAACGGGAAGAGCAACAUCACUGUUCUAAUGCUGCUGACCCAUACAAGCGGCUUCGCUCCAGACCCUCUGCCCGGACUGUAUGAACCACCUUACGAGAACAUGGAGCAGCGCGUCCGUGCUAUCAUCGAGCAUAAGCUCGAAAAUGCUCCUGGGUCUACAUACACAUACUCAGAUCUGAACUUCAUGAACCUUCGCUUCUUGCUGGAGAAGGUCACCAAGACGCCAUUUGAGGAGUAUGUCCAUGGGUUUACCCGUGACCUCGACAUGACCAAUACCUUUUUCAACAAGGGAAACAACCAGUCCCCUAACUUCCAUUACUACGCGCGCAUGGCGCCGACAGAAUACCAGACCGAAGUCCUAGGAGGGGCUGAGCCUAAACGUCCGCAGCCAGUACGGGGAACCGUGCACGACGAGAAUGCAUGGGCUCUGGGUGGUGUGAGCGGACAUGCCGGUCUCUUUUCGACUGCCGGGGAUGUGGCUAUCUUCUGCCAAAUGAUCCUGAACAACGGCACAUAUGGCGGAAAGCAGAUACUACAGCCAGAAACUGUGGACCUGAUGUUCACGAAUUUCAAUACUGCAUUCCCUGGUAAUGAGCACAGUAUCGGGUUUGAGCUCAACCAGAACUAUUUCUCCGGGCCCAUGGCCAAUAUGCUGGCUGGAGGUCACACGGGCUUUACUGGUACCACGCUUGUUGUUGAUCGGGCAUCAGAUACGUUUAUGGUUAUGCUGGCCCACCGUGUAUAUCCGAGUCGGAACUGGGCGAGUAACAAUAUUGUUCGGGAGGCGGUAGGCUAUUGGGUUGCCCGCUCGCUUGGUCGGGAUGUUCCCUUUCCAUGA